UUGAAGUUAUCUCUGGAUACAGUCCUGGACCUUCUCUGCCUCUCCCAGCACUGCAGGCUCUUGUUUUUGUUAGUUUCUGGAGUAGGUGCUUUACAUUUCCCUCCUCCCAAUCCUUCACCUGAGUUCUUGUCCUUCAUGAACUGUGGGCUUGCUCUGUAUUUCACUUGCCCUUUGCCUCACAAGUACUUCUCUCGCUGUUCUUAUUUUUACCCCUGCAAAGACUCCUGAUAUGUCUUGUGAGAAAAACAGUGUACUUGUGACUGACACACUGCUGAGCGUGACUGUGCUGUUCUUCCAUAGGCAGGGAGGGGGAGGUAGGUUGUACAUGAAUUAAUUGUUCCCAGUAAACAUCUCCUGUGUGUUGCCUGUAUUGAGGUAGGACAAGUGCAGCUUGUUAGACCCCUCUGGAACAGCUUGCCCAUUGUUUUGCUGAAGAUCCUUGCAUCAGCCCUUCUCUAUUUUGUGUCACAUUUGUCCCUCCAGUCCUGUUUGAUUUUAUUCUUAUUACAUAGAUGAGGCAUUUUCAUAGAUGAAAGUUAAGGUACAGGUGAUAGCUUUUUGCCAAGAAAGGUUUGACCAGAUGAUCCUUGAGGUUCCUUCCAACCUGGUAUUCUAUGAUUCUGAUAGUGGAAGCUCAUAUGCUUCUCAUUCUUCACUCUAUACCCAAAGCUGUAUCCUGAAUAAGCUUCAGAGUCCCACUGCUUCUGGCCUUGUUUAACUUUCCCUGGGUUUUCAUCAGGUUUGAUUUUUCCUCUGAGUUCUGCUCCAGAUACCUUUGGACAAAUCUUCUUAACCCUUUAUUGCUCAUUUUUGUCAUCUAUAAAAUGCAUAGGACCUAAUCUGCAGCUGUUGUGAAAUUACAUUUAACUGUUAGUGGUGGGCUGGCUGUGGUGGGUAAGAUACUUCAGAAACAAACACUGGUGGAAAACUUCUUGCAACUACUGAACUUCAAGGAUUUUGUGUCUGUCUUGGUGGGGUGUCUGGUGAUCAGGACAGUGGCUCAGUCGCCACAGCUUCUUGCAGACAUGGAAGUCAUGGGGGGGUUAUGUGAAUUCUCAUUGCUGAGACACUGCAGAUAGGUAGCCCACCUUCCGAUUUUCACCUUUGGGCAAAAUAGCACAUUGGCCAUUUGGCCUGGUUGAAGUCAUGGCAGGGAGAGGGCUGUGCAGUCCCAGUCUAAGACAAGAACUCACUGGCAGGAAUGACACCCUACCAGACUGUGAACAGGCAGGAGCGACCUCACAAGACAGCCUGCAGCACUUUGGUCCUGCCAGGGUUUCUGCAGAGAAGGCAGAGGAUUCCUUCUAGGGUUGACUUUCACCUGUUGGCUCUUGCAGAAGAUGUCCCUUCUCUAAUGCUUUUCUUCUGGACAAAAGAUACAUUCAUGGUCAUUAAUGAACCUGCAUUGCUCACAUGAGGAGGUCUGCUGGGAUGAUGGCAGAAAGCUACAGAUGACUAGUCUGCAGGCUUAGUUAGCCUGGAGGAGAAAGGAUGAAAGAAAGCAAGAGGAAAGAAACGCUUGCCCUGAGGAAACUGAGAGGUGCUAGUGCUAGACCUUACGGGAGGUGAUCUUGAAAGAAGCCAUCUGUGGGUUCAUUGAGCAAGGAAAAUUUCUUGAAGCUUGUCAUCAUAUUUAUAAUCUGGAGCAUUCUGGAAACGAUGAGAUGGGAAAGUCUGAAUCACUUUAUAAGCUACUGGCUGAACGAAUGUGGACUGUGGUGGGCGAAGCUCUCAGUGGAAGUGGUAGGAUGUUCCUGGAGCCAUUGCAGUCAGUGGGGGAAUCACUGAAGUGGGAGAAGCAGAAGGAAGCAGAGAGGCUUGGCAGGAGCCAAGAGACUGGGCCUGUUUCCACCUGGAGUCCAAACUUCUGGAGGAAAGAACUGGAGGAACAGCUAAUACAGUACAUGACAGCCCGGAUUCCCCUGCUGAGUUCCUCUGCUAAUGCAAAUGAGAAUGCAUUAAACCAGCAUCUGAUUCAACUGGAAAUGUCAUUUCUCCCCAGCCUGGAGCACGGAAGUGAUGUCUUUCAGGAAGCAGGACUGCUCAGCACCUACACCUACUGCUGUCAUGCCUCUUUGUCUUCUCACCUUGCCAUGCUUACUGACAGUAGCCAUUUCAGCUUCAGCCAAUGCCUUUUAGUUUAUGAAUGGGGCCUUAAAAUGUAUAAAAGUGGCAACGAGACACAUCUGAGACCCAGACAGACCCCCCAGCACAGCCUUUCCUUUGAUGUACGGUGUCUCCUGUGGAUUGUUUUGAAGACUGAGGAAAAGUUACUUGCAGUCACCAAGAAGGAAGUAGGGAAAGCCCUGAAAGAAGCCUUUGAUAUUGGGAAACCCCCUUGUGCAGAUGCUGCAGUGAUUCAGAUACUAACAGAGAAGACGCAGGCUGCCUGGCAUGUCAGUGAGAGCCUGAGUGAGAAGGUGGAAGCUGUAUGUCUGGAAGAGUGCCUGAGGUUCCUGGAGAGCUAUGAAAAUGAAGUAAGAAACUUUCUCCAGCUUGAUGGCUGCCCAGAGAUCUACAGUGGCUUAUCGAUCCUGGAGAACUGCUGCAUUCUCAGGGCUGUGUGGCGUAAGCUAACAUACAUUUACAGUGCCAGCACUGGUCAAGAUGUUAAGGUAAAUGGAUUUCUAGACAGGAUGGAAGAUGAGAUUACUGAGCAUUUUCUGCAGACAGUGGCUUCUAAAGUCAAGGGAACACUGAAGGAGCACUUCAAAAAGUGUGACAGCAGUUUUCACCACAUCCUUGAAUCCUUAAAGCAAAGUUUUUUGGUAUUUGGGAAGAAAAAAACAGGCACAUAUGAGCAGGCUCUUGUCAAGGCUGUCAACGCCAUCAUUAUUGCAGAGUAUGUGCAGGCCCUCCUGACCACUUCCAGGAAACUGUCUUCUGUGCAGAGGAGGAGGAUUGUCAGCAAGAUGGAAGAAGACCAUAGGAUGCUGCAAGACAUCUUUAAAGAAUGCUUAGGUCCUGCAGCUGGUCACCUCAAGGAUCCUAUACAAGCAAUUUUAGAGCUUAUUCAAGCUUCUGAUUCUGAGAGGAUGAAAAUAGCCCUUUUGCCUAUUCUCAGAGAAUUUCCUGAUCUAAGGAAGGAACAUCUGAAUGCAGUGCUGAACAUCAAAGUUUCGCUCAACCGAGAAGACAGAGCUGCUCUCUUGGAGGCAUUUCAUGAUAAUUGCAGGGACUCAAAACCAGGAGUGAACUUGCUUUUUGCAGAUAUAGAAUUGAAACCUGGAAAAUAUGGACUCUGCGCCUGCCUCUGCUGUUAGCAAAGGCCUGCUGUGAGAAACGUGAAGUUUCACUCCAUGUGCAGUGUCUGCAGUCACAGCUCCUUGAAAUCUUCAGUGACCCAUGCAGCCUGAUGUACAGAGAAACCUGACAGCUAUGGAAGACAAUUCCUGCACUUCUGCAGGAAAAUCAAGAGGCCCAAAUCCUAAUCUUCUAUGCAGAGUCCAUGUGGAAGGUGAAUGGAAUAUGGCAGAAAGAUAUUCUUAGCUGAGUCCUGCUAGUUAUUCCCAGGAUGUGGUGGGUGGUGAGUGGAGGAGGAGGAUGGUCCCCCCUUGAUAGAUUUCUCUCUGCUUCCAUCCCUUGUUUCAUGCACUCUCAUGUAAAACUAGGGACUGCUGCAGCACAGUGUCAUGGCAGAUGACAUGGCAACACAACCUUCACCAGCAACCCGGGACCCUCUGUUAGGGAAUCCUGCCUAGCCCAUAGUUCUGGUGGUGCCUGCAGGUUUGGGCACCUAGAUCCACACCCCCAAAGCCCUGCACCAGCGGGCUGCAGACAGAGCUGCCUCUUUUCUUGCUCCCCACACACGAAGGCUGUGACCUCCUUUGGGGGCACCUUGCCAUGGCACUGGCUGUGGGAUGAAGAACUCUUCCCAUAUGAGUUUUAUAGCACUGGAGCAGAGUCUUGCAUUGAUUUUUAUACCUCAGUUACUGGAAAUUUCCUUUUGGAGAGGGAGGGGAAAGCCUCACAGGCAGCAGGCAGUGAAAGGAGAUGUUUUUCCCAGCCUCUGGGUAAGGUUUGUGCUGUUUUCAGAUGUAAAUAGGCAGUUCUCCUGGGAAAACACUGACUUUUCUUCCCAGUUAUCUAUGGAUUGGUCACAACCUCCAAGCUGGAUUUGGUUCAAGGUCCUUGUUUGCUAUUGUGUUAAUGUAGGCCAUUACUGCUCCUCUCUGGCCAUGUAAACAAGCAACAAAGCUCUCCUACCUCAGCAAUGCCACUGCUUUUCUGGGCAGCCAUUCCCCCUCAAAUCUGCUUCCCUAACAAGAAAAGGGGCAACAUGUCCAGGGAGUCUCUGUGGGCUUUUGGGGCACCAUGAGAGGGCAACAAGAGCUGUCCUGUGCCCUUCCUGAUUGCAUGCCUGCCCCAAAGGCCCUGCUGCCGUGUCCUUUGCAGUUUAUAGCUGUCCAUUGCUGCUUCAGUGACACCUUUGCUGGACAUGGGGAGCUGGUGGAGCUGCAGCCUGGCUGUGGGAUGUGAGUCGGGCUGUGGAGCUGGGUGGACCCUGCCUUCCAAGGGUGCCAACUCUGCCGUGCACCCUCCUCUACCACCCAUGGCACAUUCAAGAGUAGGAGGGAUGAUGGAGUCCCCUGCGACAGUGGGGUCAGAGUCAGCUUCUGCCAAUGGGAAUUUCAAGCAAUGAACCCUCGAGAGAAAAUAAAAGCUCCUUUGACAUUUCAAUCAUUUAAAAUAAUGCCACAGCACGUGAAUGGCUCCUGCCACAUACAUGUCUCUGUCUGUGUAACAUUUCUGCCAUUUGACAUUCAUGGUCAGAUGAGGGUAUGUUCUGCUUACAAGCAGUGGUUGGUAACCAUAGGGAAUGCUGGGCUUGGCACUACUGACCUGAAAUGAGAUGGAUGAGGACCAGCCUCGUGCUAUCAUGACUGCUGCUGUGCCUAUCCUCCCUGGCUGGGCAGGGGAUGGGCAGCACUUUCUACUGUGUGUGUGUGUGUGCAGAGGAGCGCUGUUUUCAGUAAGGUUUCUUAGCAACAAGUUUCUGCACCCUGUGUGUAGCAUCCAGUCAUGAAGAGACUGAGUACAGACUUGAAUUUGCCCAGGAGGUUUAGCACUGGCGGCACAUGAGGUUUUCCAGAGCCAGAGGGUCCAGGGACAUUGGCUGGGAUGGACAUCUGGGUGAUGGGGAGAUGCCACCUGGUGUGGAGGCAGAUGGUGUGGGAGGGAUGUCCUCAUCCACCUGCAGGUCGUGUGGGGAGAACAGAUGGUGUGUGUGGAGGCUCCGGGUGGGUCCCUGGGUGGGGAGGUGGUGGCCGAGGGGAUGCUGGGUCCCUUUCUAUGCUAUCUGGGGUGAUCAGAAGGAGAGGGAGGCUAUGGGGAAGGAAGAUGAGGGAUUUCCCUUCUUUGGGGGGAUUUUAAGCCGCUCCACUGUGUGCCCUGACCUUCCCAAGCUGACCCAGCCUCCUCCUUCCUAGCCUUCACCCUAAACUGGGGUUAAAGUGCUCGGGUGGGAUUUGUGCUGCUCUCUGAAGAGGGAUGGGAAGCAGGGUCACACUCAGGAUCCUUCUGCAGGAUUAUCUUGUGGCCUCAGGAUGUGGGCAGGAGCAGCACUGCUUUUGCCCUCAGCCUGCCAUAGAGCCAUGCUGAGCAUUUCCUACUUGCCUUUAUGUCCAGAGGCUCCACCAUUGCAAGCAGAACAGCAUCGUUCAGAGCUCAGCAACCAGAGGCUCCCUGCACAAAGACCCCCUCCCAUCCUGGGUUUCACUGGGAUCCCCUUGGUGUCAGGGUCAUGCCACUGCCAUGCUCACCCGUCACCUGGAUGUGCACUGGGCAGCACGGAGUGACACACUGCUCCUGGUGGUUUGAUGCUCCAGCUUUUUUGGGAGCUGCUUUCUGUCCAUCACCCCUCUGGCUGUGCACCAGGCCAACAGGUUGUGUGGUGAGCAAUGAUUUGUCACCCAUGUUCCCCACACUGCUUGGGGCCAGGGUUUGGCUGGGUGCUUUGAAG